AUGAACAUCAACUUGAGACUUGCCUCUGGAUCUGCCAGCAACGGCCCCCAAUCCAAUGAGGGGAUGGCCGGUCUGCUCUCCACGGAGAGCCCCAACAGUCCAAUGCGUCUCGCCCUUACUCCCAUGAAAAGACCCUCAAUCGUGCACAAAGCAGCUGUGGGGGAGCUCGAUCGCCACGCGGAGUCCAAGGCAGCCAUGCGACUCCUCAACGAUGUGGAUGAGCGACGGCGACAAGUUAAGAUCACGCAGCAGUUCGCCAACAAUCAAUUGAAAGAGGUGUCCAAGGAGAAUGACGAGCGCGAACAGGAGGCAAGGGCUAUGCUGCACAAAGUCCCUUGGCCAGAAGACCUUCAAUUUGUGGCCAGCGCUCCUGCUAUCGCUUCCUCCAGCAAGCACAACGUUGGCUAG